AGUCAGUCAACCACAGCCUGCAGCGUGCUCCGCUCGGGCGGCAGCGGCGCUUCGCAGCACUGGUGGCGUCUCGGCCAUGACACACAUCUGACAUGCCCUCCCCCAGGCAGGUCAGCCGCUGCUUCUCUGGCUCUACAGCAUGGACCAAAGAGAAGUUCUGUGCAGGUUCCUGGAGGAGGCCCAAAGCAAGAACACCCGCAAAGAGGAGUUGGCCAACGAAUUUCUGAAGCUGAAAAGGCAAUUGACCAAGUACAAGGCAGACAAAACCUAUCCCACAACUGUGGCCGAGAGGCCCCAGAAUCUCAAGAAAAACAGAUACAAGGAUAUUUUGCCCUAUGAUCACAGCCGAGUAGAGCUAUCCCUGAUAACCUCUGAUGAGGACUCCGAUUACAUCAAUGCCAGCUUCAUUAAGGGGGUUUAUGGACCCAAGGCUUACAUUGCCACACAGGGUCCAUUACCGGCCACACUGCUGGACUUCUGGAGGAUGAUCUGGGAACACAGCGUGCUGGUAAUUGUCAUGGCAUGUAUGGAGUUUGAGAUGGGAAAGAAAAAGUGUGAGCGCUACUGGGCUGAGCCAGAAGGGAUGCAGCUGCAGGUCGGCCCCUUCUCCAUUUCCUGUGAAGCUGAAAAAAGCAAAUCUGACUAUAUCAUCAGGACUCUGAAAGCCAAGUUCAAUAGCGAAAUCCGAACCGUCUAUCAGUUUCAUUACAAGAACUGGCCAGAUCAUGAUGUGCCUUCAUCAAUAGACCCUAUUCUUGAGCUCAUCUGGGAUGUGCGUUGCUACCAAGACAGUGACAGUGUUCCCAUCUGCAUCCACUGCAGUGCUGGCUGUGGAAGGACUGGCGUUAUUUGUGCUAUCGAUUAUACAUGGAUGUUGCUAAAAGAUGGGAUUAUUCCCGACAACUUCAGCAUUUUCCAUUUAAUCCAGGAAAUGAGAACUCAGAGGCCUUCGUUAGUUCAGACUCAGGAACAGUAUGAACUGGUCUACAGUGCUGUGUUGGAACUCUUCAAGAGACACAUGGACGUUAUCAGAGAGAAACACCCGCAAAUGGAGAUUCAAACGAAGUAUUCAAUUCCUGAGCAACAUCCCACUCUACAAGCAGGUACUCAUUCUCCAACUUUACCCACAGACACCAUAAAAGAAGUAAAAAUGAUGAACCAGCAGAGCGAACGGAGGACAAAGGCAGAAAAUACUGAAGCUUCUUCCUUUGACUUUAGGACUUCCCAAAUAUGUGCAGAAGAGGGGUUAGAUGUAUACUCCAACAAACUGAACGCUUCCUUUGACUUCUUGGAAUUAAAUUAUGAUUGCAACAGAAAUGCUGACGUGACCACGAAAUGGCAACCAAAGGCUUUUCCAAGAGUUGGAGAACCUCUCCAGAAGCAUCAAAGUUUGGACUUCAGCUCCAUUUUGCUUGGGACAUCAUGUCCUAAUUUCAAACCUGCAGAUGCAACGGGAAAACAUUUUAACUCAAAGGGACUAGUGGUACGGACCAAAUCAACUCCCUUUGAACUGUUACAGCAGAAAGAAACCGACAAAUCAGACAUUCGAGAAGAUCUUUCUUCCUUGGAAUCUCGACGCCACAAUUCUUGCCUGGGGCAUAUGCAGGAUCCAAAAGUAAUGCAUGUUUCUUCAGCAGAACUAAAUUCUUCACUGUCAUAUGAUGCUAAGCACCAAAGUUGCAAUGCUUCGCCUAUAAGCCAGUGUGAUUCUAACUCUUUUAACAUAUACUCUUACAUGUCUCUAGUAGAAGAUCCCUAUUUUUCCUCAUUGCCUCCAAGUUGUGCUGGCUCUAAGAUGUCUCUUGAUUUUCCUGAGAAAGAAGAGGAAACUAGUUAUCCUUGUUCUCUGAUGCCAACAUCUUCUUCAACUCUCUUCUCUUACUACAAUUCUCAUGAUUCUUUGGCACCAAAUUCUCCAGCUGGUGUUUCCCUACCACCAAACCAACCGGCCACUGUUGGUGCUUCUCCAGUGGUUGAUGAUGAAAUCCCUCCUCCCCUUCCUGAGCGGACACCCGAGUCCUUCAUUGUGGAGGAGAAGCCUGGAGAAUUCUCACCUGGUAUUCCAAAGUGUUCGUCUUCAGCUGGGCAGGUGAACACUGCAACAGCACAGGAAUGGAGUGCAACAUCGGAAGCCAAGGAAUUUGAUGGUUCUGUAAGACAGCGGCCACGUGGGAGAGUAAAACUUCGGAGUCCCAAAUCAGCAGAGCUGCCCCGGGACAGCUCUUCCUCGCCACCACCUCCACUCCCAGAGCGAACUCUGGAGUCCUUCCUCCUUGCUGAUGAAGACUGUGUGCUGGCCCAACGUACAGAAACAUACUCUAGUAGCUGUCCUGAAGCCGCGGAGAAUUCAACCUCUUCAAGACAGACGCUGAAGACUCCUGGGAAAGGCUUUACACGGAGUAAGAGUUUGAAAAUUUUGCGAAACAUGAAAAAGAGUAUCUGUAAUUCUCCACCACCAAGCAAGCCAGCAGAAGCUGUUCAGUCAAACAAGUGCAGUUCCUUUCUGAAUUUUGGCUUUGCAAAACGUUUUUCAAAACCCAAAGGACCAAGGAACCCACCGUCAACCUGGAAUAUUUAAUAUAACUCUGCAGUAAAAGAAUAGAGAUUGCAAGUACAUCUGUAAAUAAAACCACUAGAAUACUGCUAAGUGCAAUAAGUGCUCUCUAUU